AUGAGUUCGGCGCUGUACGACGCCGCGCUGUGCUCGGUCGACUUUGCGCAACUGCUGCCCGGCCUCUUCAACCGCGACGACAACCAGCACCGCACACCCUCACCACCACGUCGAGCGAAGGACGCGACCCCGCACCGUGCCCCAAAGACCACUCCGCACGAUCACACGGCGACGGCGACGAGGAGCGAGGACACCGGCGCAGGGCUCAUGGCAAGGAAGCAUGCGCACACCAACAAGGGCAAACACGACGGCAAAAAGGCUGGCGCAAAGGCCAAGUCGAACGGUGCGACCCGGCCACCCAAUUCCUCGUCCCAGCCCGCUCCUCCUCCAUCGACCGCAGCCGGCCUCACAGCAAUAGCCUCUCCCUCUCCCUCCUCGUCGUCGUCGUACCCGCAAACAUUCUACAACGACGACCUCAGUACAGCCCCGCUCUUCCCGCCCGCGUUCAAAAGGACAGACAGUCGCCCUUUACCGCCGCUCGACCUCGAAGACCGGGAUCUCGACACGCGCUUUCCUGCGGCUUCGAACUCGCCUGGCUCGGCGGCGCGGGAUGUUGCGGGGCGGAUACACCCGGCGGAUCGGGACGCGGACGGGCGGCUGAGCUGGCGCUCCGCCGACGAGGAAGACUACUCGUACGACUCGAGUCUGUCGAGCUCGCUCUCCUACUCGGACGACGACUACGACGAAGAUGCGGAUGAGGAAGACUCGGGUGGUGGAGCAGACGACGAGGAGGAUCUCGAGGAGGAGGAGGACGACUCGGAUGAACGACGACCGUUCCCCGACCCCCGACUCGCGAAACAACAAAAGUACCUCCGGCGCUCUCCCGGCGACGACGACAAGCUGGAUGUCUCUCCCCCGACGCACGUCGAACACGCUCACCCGCCUCGACUCGACACCAACCUCGCAAUCUCGCACAUCGCCGCCGUCCGGUCAGCGUACGCAACACCGCUCGACUCGCCUCUCGUCUCGCCUUCGCUCGUACCCUCGCACAAGACCUCUAUCCUGCCCGUCCCUUCGAACCUCCCUUCUCCGACAUACGACCACCCCUCGCACUCGGUCGACGAGGGCCACUACACCUCACUCCCUAACUCGGGCGUCGAGCGGACUUACGUCCCUCCCUCGGCCUAUACAUCAGAAGUGUCCGACUCCGAGUCGGAAUCAGACUGGAGAGGAAGGAACCGUCACCCCCGUCUGUUAUGGCGCUCAAAACUCGACCCCUCCUCUCUUCGCGUCUUGGACGCCCACCACGCGCGUGUCCGCGGUGGACCCUUACCCCGUCUGGUGGUGGACGAAGAGGGGAGAGUCGUGCUGAGUGCUAGUGGAGUCGAGAGGGAGCGAGAACAUGCGGGCUUGGAGGAGGGGGAGGGGAAGGAGAGGGUGCGUAGGAGGAGGGGGAGGAUGGACAAGGAGGGAAAGGCGAGGAGUUGGAGCGUGGUCGGGAGGAGGUGGAGUCGCGCGGUCGAGAAGUGUGGGCUGUGA